GAUGAUUCCUGUUAUAUUUCAUUCUCACGUGAUCCCUGUCGGCGGCGCCAGCACCCUUGGCAGCUCUGGUGGUGGAGGCUACUGUCCCAGAGGCGCCCGGGGAGGCUUUUGACAGCACGCGGCCGCAGAGUUAUGGCGGGAGACUGCCUCGUACCUCCUCCUCGCCUGCCUCGCCGCCGCGACAUCACUUGUUAACACCUAUUUAGUGUCGUCUCUCCUGGAGGAGGAAGCGGCGAGGCGGCUGGCUCCUCGCCGCCUGGCCCACCGCGCUGGACACCGCAGCUGCGGAGGUAAACUCGCGGCGCGGUUGAUAUCGCGGACUCGCGCUAGGUGUCUGCCGCGUCGCGCUGCGGUAAUAGUCCGCGUUGGUUCACGCGGGCGCGCGAACCACAGACCAAGUUGCGGGUGUUGACCGCACGCUCGGGCGCGGGAGUGGACCCUAGGAUAAGGUCGCGGGCGUGAACCCUAGGAUAAAGUCGCGGGCGUGAUGGGGGAGCCCCGCGGGCUGCGGGGUGAGCUCCACCUGCCUGGGCUAGGCUACCUCCAUCCGGUCCAUGUCCUAUCCCAGCUGGCUAGACCAGUGCCGCUACCCAUGGGCGUGCCCCCCUUCGCCCUGACGCACCCCAUGCCCCACGCCCUCAAGAUGAUGGGCGGGGGGAUGGGGGGCAUGUACCCCUGGGGGCUGAGCCUACACUCCCACAUGUUGGGGGCGAUGCGCCCCGGAGGGCCCCAAUUAGGGGGGAGCGGCCACCCCUCCCCGGACCGUCACCUACAGCACCCGCCUGACGAAGGUAAAGACUUGGAUGACGCAGACGGCGACGCAGCAGCCAAGCGGCGACGGUCGAGGACCAACUUCAACUCGUGGCAGCUGGAGGAGCUGGAGCGAGCCUUCGAGGCCUCACACUACCCCGACGUCUUCAUGAGGGAGGCUCUGGCCAUGAGGCUGGGACUCACCGAGAGCAGAGUCGCCGUCUGGUUCCAGAACCGUCGCGCGAAGUGGCGGAAGAAGGAGCACACGAGAAAGGGCCCGGGUCGCCCGGCCCACAACGCCCACCCGCAGUCCUGCUCUGGCGAACCCAUCCCCCCUGAGGAACUGCAGCGCCGGGAGCGACUUCGGCGGGAGAAGAAGAUCCUGAAGCAGCUGGAGCGCCAGCAUCGCAAGCUGACCCUCAAGGGCGUCCACGUGACCAUCGAGCAGCUGCGGCGCGAGUACGAGACGCAACACAAGCCGGAGCCUGAGAUCGAUGUGGUGGGCGAGGCCGCGCAAGAACCACACACACAGCCGCGAGAGACGACAGUUAAGAGACCUACCUUUUCCAUUGAGAGUAUUUUAGCCCCCUCGAGACCUGAAGACCGAGGUCCACCAUCUCCUGGGACUCUUCUGAGAGGGGCACCAACACCACCCCCUACACCCCAGGAUAUCAGAUACCCCUUCCACUUACAGACCACGAAGCACGAAACGCAAGAUUCUGCGUCGGACUGCGACGUACCGGAGUCAUCCGGAGAGUCCUUCACGACGUAUAAUUCAGACGAUCAGGGCAUAACGCCGCUAAUAGGCUCAGAAGCACUGGCAACGAGAGAAGAUCCGCUGGGGACAUUAUCCUCCCUGAACCAUUUAAGUCCAUUGGAAAGGCAUGGUUCUUCAGCCCAAAUGGCUUCGCUAGAUUCGCCGGAGAAGCCUGAGGACACAGGCGCUCGAACUGAGGGAGACACGCCUGUGGCUUGCAAGCCUGAAGAACUGCCAGGAGAAGACUCUAAUGGGCGAGAAUGCUGAUUCUCCAUCAGUGUCGCUAGUCAAAGAGAAAUACAUAAUAUCUGACAUGAUAGCCUUUCCACCGUAUCAGAAGUGCUUUCCGGCCGCAGACUUUCUGACAUUAAAUAAAAAAAAAAAUAUAUAUAUAUAUAUAUGUGCUAUUUUCCCCCUGGGAAGUAUAUUUUGUAAGAGAAAAUUACUGACAUUGCGUUUUAAUAUUUGUUUUUUAUUUUCACUAGCCUAUAUACCCGUAUCUUUCGAAAUCAUUUAUGUUUUCAACCUUAAAUGUGAGAUUCUCGUUCUUACUAACUUCAGAUGAACGCUGUCACCCCACAAGGGCAUUGAACCUGCAAUAUGCUAAAGACGUCAUUUAUAGGCCUAUGAGCAGUGAGUAGUGCAUUAAUCCUGCUUCUGACCAGAAAGGAGAGAGAGAGAGAGGUUAACCCCAUUCUUCCUAUCUCCCCUUUAUUUACAUUCCUGAUUAACUGUUCAAUUUCCUGACCUUUUAUUUGCGCGGUUUUAUAAAGUUUAAUUAGACCGGUUCAGAGUUCUCUUUUACUCUGAGCGGUUCCUAAGUCACGGACACAACCUCUGAUACCUUCCUGGAGCCAGAUUCACGAAAGCACUUACGAACCUGUACAUCUUUUCUCAAUCUUUAGCGGCUUUGUUUACAAUUGUUAAACAGUUGAUGAGCUCCGAAGCACCAGGAGGAUGUUUGUAACAAUA